GAACAGGAGGCUGUCUGUCAGUCCGUUUCCGGUCAGACCUCGGGUCCAGUAAACCCGAAUCAAAAUGGCGUCCGCCGGUCCACCCGACGCGGGCUUAUCUGCGCCUCCAGGGGCCAGCGGAGUUCGAAAGAUGACUGCAACAGACGGUCUCGGAUUGUCUCAGAGUAUGAAGAAGACCAUCGGUCACCGGGGAGUUGACCCCACAGGAGAAACAACUUACAAAAAGACAACUUCCUCCGCCCUGAAAGGUACCAUCCAGCUGGGAAUCACACACACAGUGGGCAGCCUCAGUCAGAAAGCUGAAAGAGACGUCCUCAUGCAGGACUUUUACGUAGUAGAGAGCAUUUUCUUUCCUAGCGAAGGAAGUAAUCUGACUCCAGCCCAUCAUCAUGGUGACUUCAGAUUUAAGACCUACGCCCCUAUCGCUUUCCGUUACUUCAGAGAACUAUUUGGCAUCAGACCUGAUGACUAUCUGUAUUCUCUCUGUAAUGAUCCCCUCAUCGAGCUAUCUAACCCUGGAGCAAGUGGAUCGGUCUUUUAUGUCACCAGUGACGAUGAAUUCAUCAUUAAAACAGUGCAGCACAAGGAAGCCGAGUUUCUGCAGAAACUACUCCCUGGAUAUUUUAUGAAUCUGAAUCAAAACAAGAGAACGCUGCUGCCCAAGUUUUACGGCUUGUACUGCGUGCAGGCGGGUGGGAAGAACAUCCGUAUGGUGGUGAUGAAUAACCUCUUGCCCCGCAGCGUGCCUAUGCACCUCAAGUACGACCUCAAGGGCUCUACAUACAAGCGACGGGCUUCUCCUAAAGAGAGAGAGAAGAGGGUCCCCACUUGCAAAGACCUAGAUUUCAAUCAGGACAUGCCUGAGGGAAUCCAACUUGAACCAGAGAACUACAGCGCACUCUGCAAAACCAUCCAGAGGGACUGUCUGCUAUUGCAGAGUUUUAAGAUUAUGGACUACAGUCUGUUGGUUGGGAUCCAUAACCCGAACCAGGCAACUCUUGAUAGGACGGGUGCGGUGGAGGGCGGGGUGUCUGAGGGGGCCGUGACGCCGGACCACAGGAGGCCGCAAGCUCAAAAAGCUUUGUACAGCACUGCUAUGGAGUCCAUACAGGGAGAGGCCAAGGGGAAAGGAACCAUGGAAACAGAAGACCAAUGGGGAGGAAUCCCAGCACGCAACAGUAAAGGAGAGCGAAUACUGGUUUAUAUUGGAAUCAUUGAUAUCCUGCAGUCAUACAGAUUUAUAAAAAAACUAGAGCAUUCCUGGAAGGCUUUGGUUCAUGAUGGGGACACAGUCUCUGUGCAUCGACCAGGAUUCUAUGCUGAGCGAUUUCAGCGUUUCAUGUGCAGCACUGUUUUUAGGAAAACAUUAAAAUCCUCCCCGUCAAAGAAGAGUCGAGGAGGAUGUCCGAGUGUCGUCAAACGGCUUCCUAUGGGAAGCGCUGCUUCUGCACCCAGUGGACAGUCAGUCAUUGACCCCGGACUCCUGUAUCAUACUCACCUUAAUCAGAUUGAUAUAGAGGGGGAAUGUGGCAUGCAUUCGGACCGACCGGACCUGCUCCCACACACCGAUUCUUUGGCUGGAAGCAGUGACCUUGCAGAGGCAAAUCUUUCAAACUCCUCACAGGGUAGCACAGGAAUGACAUCACAUCCUCAAAGGUCAGUAGGGGUGGAGGUGCACAAAUCUGCAGUCACAGAGUCUGACAACGGCGCCCCCCAAAGUGCUGGAGCAGAAUGCUUGGAUGAGCAUUUAAGCAAUGAAGACGCAAUUUCACUUCAAGACAUCAUUCCAGAAACUGACAUCUGCUUUUAAGAGCGAUGAGUGUUGACAAGAGACGGCAGUGCGCCUCUGAGCGCUGGUAGGAUGGGUUUUUUCUGAAUGGGAGAUUUGGAAAGAACUCCGGGGUCCUCAGCACACGUCAUCAUAAGAUGUAUUUCAAAACAGAGUGAAGUUUAUGAAUGAAGGGAAGGGUGUGGAUGAGAGAGGUUUAAAUGCCUUUCCUCUCUCUAUCUCUCUCCUGCACAGGUGAUGCUGCUAAAAAUCUAUUUUAACCACAGAAUUAUGGGGACGUGAUGGUAUUUCAGUCACACACUUCACUGCCUUUGUUCUCUCUAAACACACUCUGAGCAAGCAGUAUGCACAAACCUAUUUGUAUUGUUUUUAGAGUGCUGGAAGUAGACACACGCUACGUGUAGAAUCACCACUUUAUAUUAUUGUUGAUUUGGAGGCUUUAUUGGGGGUAAAUUAAACAUAAAUCUGUAUUUAUUAAGGUUUCUAAACCUUCUCUGAAGCGGUGUGGCUUAGAUUAAUGGCUGCUAGCGCUUCAAUGCAGUUCUCUGAGAAUACCGCAUCACAGUGCUCAUGUCACAGACAACUUACAUUUCCUCAGGCAUGUCUGUACAUACACGUAUGAAGGCUGAUAGUGUUACAACUGAUUCUGCGGGUAGAGAGCAUCUCUUCUGUGACUUUUUCCAGCUCGUUCUGUGUUGAGACAGCAUGUGCCCUAUAAGAGAGAGGGAAAAAAUGACCAAAAAUGCCCACUUUGUUAGAAAGCAGAAUGCAUUUGAAUUGUGCAAACUGUAUUUCAUGUUUGGCGCCAGUGUCUUCCCUUUUUUCUGUUGCUCUUCAUGUUUUUACCGUGCCACUCUUUGUAUUAAGUUUUUCUGCUUGGUUUGGUUUUUGCGUUUAAUUUCACAUUUCUAUUAAUCAGCAUUUUGUUCGUCCCACCACGGCAAGUUACAUCUUUGUAAUCGGACCAAUCGGCUGUCCAGUGAGAUGCGAAAUGGACAGACUGACUUGCAUGUCUUCUCUAAUAAUGCAUAUAUAUUGCUGCCUUGUCGAGAGCCCCCGUAAAAUUCAUGUACUGUAUUUUUGUAUAUAGCUCUAUAAAUAAUCCUUCUUUGUUCAUAUGUGUUAUAAAAUGCUAAUAUUGGGCUGUUAAAGCGCAGCCACUGUUGUCUCUUAACUAACAUUUUCAUGAGUUCAACGAUUGAUUUGAUGUCCCAUGAUGUCUUCCGAUCAUCUGCCUUAAUGCAGCUAUUGAAAUCAGUGCAUUAGUGUGAAAACUCAUUUCUGCUGGAUACAGAAAUCACACGGCAUCCAUUUACAGGACCAACAUGGAUCUACGUGCGUUUGCUUUUAUGUACCUGCUACCAAUAUGCAUUUGUGGUUUUAAUGACCCUUUUACACUAACCUGUUUUUUAAAGAAUUUUACAUACAAGACUAAACAUCCUUUGAGCUUUUUGAAUUGCAGGAAUGUACAUUACAUUCCUAUCACUUUUAAUGACUCUCAAUCGACAGCACACAACAUUCUCUGUAUCCUCAUUAACAUCCUUAGGUGCAGCUUAGUGAAUAAAUUCUUAAAACACAUCGAGUUAAAAAUACUUAACACUAAAAUGACUUUAUCAGGGCACAUGUGAAUUAACAGAGGAGCUGGAAAGUAAUCUAAGGAGGCUUAGUUCCAGUAUGAGCUCUUUGAUCAAUCUGCCUCUACAUUUUUCUUAUCCAUUUAUAAGAUCGUUUUAAAUGGGUCCAUUUUUGACCGGCAGCACGUUUCACUUUCUUAAGUGCCCUCUUAUGCAUUUCUUAUUGGCUGUAACUCAAACAAUUGUUUGAACUGACAUUUGAUGGAGGCCUGUAUACAUCUCACACAGAUCUGUUAGGAUGCAGCAUUGGAGUAUUUAAAAGAAGGGCUGACCUUAUUGAACUUUUACUGAACAGUACUUUUGCUUUCUUCCAACAUUAAAAAGUUGGUGAGUUGCAUUCGUCUUUAAUUACAAGUGAUCUCUGUGCCUAGGACUUCACCUUUUCUAACCUAAUGAAAAUUCUCAUGCACGUAGAAUAUGCACAAAAAGACUUUUCCUAAAACUACAGAAGAGAUUUAUGUAAUGCUGCAGUAUUUAUGCACAUGUGUUAAAAAUCAAAUUGUUGUUACAGAUAUAUGCCUGUGGGCAGAGGUCAAUCAGUUUUCCAUGCUGAAGGGUUUUGACUAGAGGUGAUUGGGAUUCGUCAAGUUUUUUUUAUUUAAUUUUAUUUAUUUUUGCCUUGCUUCUUUGGUUUUAAUCAUUGCAUUGUAUCUAUCUUAUUUUGUUAUUAAAGUCAUUGUCAAAUGUCA